AUGUCAAUACAAGAAAACCAGAAAGUGUUACGUUCUUUAAUAAGAACUGUAGGAAGGAUAUCUGAAUUUUUUGAUGAAUAUGAUAUGUGGAAAUGUUUUUUGUCAAAUAUUUAUAGAUAUGAAAAUGAGAAGUGUGAUAAAUAUAAUGAUUUUAUGAAACAUUAUUUAAACAACAAUACACAUUAUUGUCCUAUAAAAUCAAGUAAUAAAAAAUUAAGAGGAGAAUUAUUAAAAUAUAUGAGAAGAAAUAUAAAUGAUGAACAAGUAUACAAUAUAGGUUUUACAGCUAUAAGACAUUUAGGAAGAAUAAAAAAUUUAUUUACAAAUGUAUCAUCUAAUAAUAAUAUGAAUAUACAAAAUAAUGUAGAGAAAAAUAUUAUGAACAUGGUUUAUAAUAAAAAUAUCUGGGCUUCGAAAGAAGAAGAGUUUUUAUUUAAAAAAAAUUUAACAAUGAUACAUUUUAAUAAUACUAAUGAUAGAAGAAAGAAUUCGAUGCAUGAUUAUAAUGAUACAUUGUAUGAGAAUGAAAAAAAUAAAAAAAAUAAAAAGAGUAAAAAAUCGUAUACUUUAAAAAAAAAGUAUAUGAUGAAUAGAAGAUCACAUAAAGCUUCCUUUCAAGAAAUAUCUCAUGUGAGUGACAACUUUGACAGUGUAAAAAAUACAAUCAAUGUUAUUAAAAAGGGUGAUGAUAAUAAAAAUGGUGAUUAUAAUAAAAAUGGUGAUGAUAAUAAAAAUGGUGAUUAUAAUAAAAAUAGUGAUGAUAUUAAAAAUAGUGAUGAUAUUAAAUACAAUAAUGAUCUUAAAAACAGUGAUGAUAUUAAAUACAAUAAUGAUCUUAAAAACAACGAUGAUCUUAAAAACAGUGAUGAUAAUAUUUCAAACAAUAUAAAUUAUAAUAAUCAACAUAUUAGUGAUGCACCUGUAAAUAAUAAUAAUUUGACCAGUAAGGAUAAUUCAAUUUCGAAUUUAUUAUUUAAUAAAAUGAAUCAUUUAAACAAAAAUAAAAAUAAUGUUCUGAAAAAAAGUAUUCAUAAAAAUGAAAUUAAAAAGGGAACCAUAUUAAUAUCACACCCAUUAACUUCAAACCCUCUAUGGAAUAGAGCUGUUAUUCUGAUUACACAUAAAGAAAAAAAUAAUAUCGUUUGUGGUCUUAUAUUAAACAAACAUCCUUUAUAUAAUGAUUAUAUGGAAAUGUCAAAUAACAGAGAAAUAAAUAAAAUUUUAAAUAAGAUAUACUUAAGAAAGAAAAAAUUUAUUCAUGAUAUAAUAGGAGAUUAUAUAUCCAAUGGCAAAGAAAAGAAUAACGUAUAUGACAACAUAAAAGAUGAUGAAGAAAAGACUAUUCAAAAUAAUAUGAGAAAUAAUUGUGAUACUUUAGAAGAUAAUAAUGUUAUAUAUAAUGAAAAAAAUAUAAAUGAUAAUAUAAUAAAUAAUGAAAAGAAUUUAUCAAUUAAAAAUAAUAUAUCUAAAAUAUGUGAUGAGAAUAAACAUAGUCAUUGCAAUGAAGAAGAUAAUAUACAAGGAGAAAUAAAUUGUCAAGAAAAAAAUGAAAUUUCUAAUAAUAAUAUAAAACAUUUUAAGAAUAAUGAAUUAUUAAAAAGUAACAAGAAAAAAUAUAACUAUUUAUUAGAACAAAAAAAAUAUCAAAUAGAAAAAAAAAAAGAUUUAAAAUAUAAUAAUCAAACAAAUAAUUCAGAUGAUUUUCCAACAUUAAAAGAUUUACAAGAAAUGUUUUUAAGAAUACAAUUUCGUAGUUCUACUAAAUAUCAUAUGAAUAAAAAAGUAAAAAAAAAAAAUAAUUUUUUUGUUAUGAUGGAUGAACAUCUAUUAGAUAUUAUCACUCAUUAUAUUAUCAAAUUAAAUAAAGUUCCUUUGUACUUACGAUUCUUACCUUCAUAUAAUAUAGGUUCCAUGACAGAUAUUAAAAAUGAAAUUAAAAAAUUACAAUUCCUAAACGAAUUCUAUAAAAUUUAUUUUGAAAAAUACAACAAAUGGAAAGUUGUUAUCAUUAAUAAUAGAAUACAUAUAUUUGAUAAAGAAAAAAAUAAAAAUAAAAUUAACACAUUCGACAAUAAUCAUAUAGAAACAAAAAAUCAUCAAGAAGAUAAAAAAUUAACAGAAGAAGAAAAAGAAUUAAUUCAUAAAAAAAUUCAAAAAUUUAAAGAAACCAAUCAACUCAAUUACGAUCCAAAACAAAAUGAAAAAAAGAAAAAAAAUAAAAAAUAUAAAAAUUACAAUAAAAGAAAUAACGAUGGCGCAAACAAUUCAACAAUUAAUACUACAAAUACAGGAAUUUAUGAUAAGAUAGAUGAAAAUGAAACAGACACACAAAUGAAGAAUCACGAUAAUGUUUAUGAUACUGAACAGGAAGAACUCGAUGACGAAGACGAAGACGAAGAUGAAGAUGAGGAAGAUAGUUAUGAUGAAGAUGAAGAUGAGGAAGAUAGUUAUGAUGAAGAGGAUGAAGAAGAUAGUUAUGAUGAAGAGGAUGAAGAAGAUAGUUAUGAUGAAGACGAAGAAGAAGUAGAUAAUUACGACCAUGUAAAUAAAACAAAUGAUAAAUUGGAACAUCAAAAUGGUGAAUAUAACCAUGCUAUAAAAGAUAAUAAUUAUAACGAAUCACAAAAUCAAGAAAUUAUACAUAAUAAUGAAACAAAUCAAAAAAAUAAUAAAGUAUCUUCUAUAAAUAAAAUUAACUCAAAUAAAAUACAUGCAAACUAUUUAUUAGGAAACCCAGUAAAUUUGUUUUGGCUAGGAGGCCCUUUACCUGGAUUAACCAUUUUACAUAAUAUGAAAAAAUAUUCGAAAAAUGUCGUGGUGAAUGAUUUGAUAUAUGAAGGGUAUAAUGAAGGUGUGAACGAAGGUGUAAAUGGAAGUUCAAACGAAAGUGUAAACGAAACUAUUAGCACGAAUGAAAAAAUAAAUAUGUUAAAUAAUGUAAGUAUGAACAACAGCUUAAAUGUUUUAAAUAACGUAAAUAUGAAUGAUAAUAUAAAUAUUAUACAUAAUAAUAAUGUUAUCCUAAAUGAUAACUCAACAAAUAAUUUCACAUGCUCAACUAUAUCUAAAAUGAAUGAUGAGCAGUACAAUAUCAAACAUUGUAAUAUCAUAAAUGAUAAUAAUAUGAAUGAUGUUCAUAAUAAUAUGAACGAUGGUCAUAAUAAUAUGAACGAUGGUCAUAAUAACAUGAACAGUGAUCAUAAUAACAUGAACGGUGAUCAUAAUAACAUGAACGGUGGUCAUAAAAAAUUGAUAAAAAGAUUUAUUGGAAAGGCUACAUGGGAUAUGAACCAACUCAUUGAUGAAUUGAAUAAUGAUUAUUGGAUAGCAAUAAAUUGUGACAAUAAAGAAUUAUUAUCUAACAUUAUAUUUAAUACAUCUAAUGACACAACUAGUAAUAAUAUUAACAAUUAUUUUGAUAAUUCAACAUGCGGACAUGUGUCUUCUAAUUCUUAUAAAGGAGAAUGUCUAUGGGAAAAAAUAUUGGCAUCUUUAAAUAAUGACUAUGAACAGAUAUCAAAAAUACCACAGACUGUUAUAGAUAACUUUUUAAAGGAUUUUAAAAGUGUAGAAAAUGAAUGA